AGUCAGUCAUCAUCGACGACUAUUAUUGGAGCCACGCUUGUUAAUAAUAAAAAUUGAGUGUUCUUUAAAAUAUUACAAUUAAAAAUAAAUUGAAUCAUUUGUAAUUACAUCGCAGCUAUCCAGUCAUAUAUUCAGAAGUAAUAUUGCUUGCAACAACAAUGGGAGCUGAACUUUCGCAAUUUCAAAAAAAUUUAAACGAGAAAAAGAUGAAAAUUAUCCCUCCAUUACUCGAUUGUACUGAAAUUGAUUUCAGUGAUCUGCGUUACCAUGACUUAAUUGAAUCAGAUGUCGAAUGGAUAUUAUCACGUUGUGGUAUGAAUUUACAUUCAUUGAUUCUUUGGGAGAUAUGUGGUUCGACAAUCAUGUCAACUGUUAAAAAACAUUGUCAGAACUUGGAAAAAUUUGAAUUUAGCUUCAGUAGUAUAAACGAGGAUGAUUUUAUUAAUGCAUUUACGGAUAUGACGAAAUUAAAAAGUCUUACUGUAAAACAAGGUUCCUUUCUUUAUAAAGAACCAGUUCAUAUAAGCAAGAUAUUGAAUAUCGUUCAAGAUAAUGUUAAUGAAACAUUGGGACAGUUUAAGAAUCUUCGUCAAUUUAUCUUGAAAGAGUACGAUAUUGAUAACAACGCUGUCAUGGAAAUUUCGAAAAUAAAAUCUUUGAUUGAACUUCAAUUUAUUUCUUGUAAAGUUAAAGAAGGUACAUCGUUUAUUUUGAAUCUUCCAGAGUUGGAAUCGUUGACACUGGACAAGAUGGAAAAUAUUGAUGACUGUAUAAUCAAUCUUCCAAAUCAAUCAGAAAAUUUAAAAUGUCUUAAUAUAAAUGGUUGCAAGACUGUACCUGCUGAUGCUCUGAAAAAAAUUUCAAAUUUAAUUAAUUUGGAAGAAUUGAAUUUGGGAGGGUGUGAGGGAGUUGAUAGUGAUGUUUUUGCUAGUAUUAUCAAUGAAUGUGCAAAAAUUAAAAAACUGGAUAUAUCCGAUUGUCAAAAAAUUACUGGAGAGGCUCUUGUAAAAAUAUCAUAUUUGAAAAAUCUACAAGUAUUAGAUAUUUGUCGAACUGAAAAUGUUAAUGAUGAUGUCAUUAUUGAAAUUGUAAAUAAUUGUAAAAAAAUAACGAAUUUGUAUAUACAAAAAUGCAAUAAUGUAUCAAGUUUGGCUCUUAAUGAAUUAGCUAAAUUAGAAAACCUUGAAGUGCUUCAGCUGUCUGAUGUUCAUAAUGCUAGAGAUGAAAUGUUUAAAAACAUGUACAAACUCCGGUCACUUGAGUGUAAUUGGUGUGAAAAUGUAACUGAUACUGGUAUCAUGAGAAUUAUAAAAAAUGCAUCAAAUCUUGAACAUAUAGUGCUUUUUUCUUCUGGUAUAACAAGUAAAACACUUGUUUAUGCUGCAGAUGAAACGAAAAAACGUACAAAUAAUAUUGUUUUGAGAGUCAUGGUAAUCAGACAUGUGCUCGAAGAUUAUGAAAGUCUUGAACAUGACUCAGGACAUCUCAUAGAUAUACAGGGUUAUUACGUAUCUGAUAAAUGCUACUAUCAAUAAAAUUUCGAUGACAUUGUCUUGAAGAAGUCAGUCAAUAUUUUAUAGUCACUUCCGCUGGUGUUUCUUUUUUUAGAUCAUAUGGUAAAUUUGGUCUUCACAACAAGAUAUUUUAAUUUCUUUAUUUUUGUUAAUGCAUCGAUAAAAUCAUCAUCGUUUAUACAUCGCAAAUUAAAUUCAAAUUCCUGUGGAUGUAUGACAAGAAGUUAAUUAUAAAAAUAAUUGUCAAUUUAAACAAACAUGUAAUAAGUUAUUACCAAUAAGCCAGGAUGUUUGCCGGAGUGCUAUAGCAACAUAGUAAUUUAUUUAAAUAAAUUUAAUAAAUAUUGGAUAAACAUUUGCUAGAUGACUCUCAUUUGACAGGGGUAAUUGUUUUAAAAGUUAGCUUAAAAGUGUUUUGAGAAUGCA